AAUUAAAUGCAAAUCACUAACAAGCGACGACCCAGCCGGCUGAUUGGUUCCAAUUAAAAAUGAAUAAUUUGGUGUGUGUUCAAGAUUACGAGAAUCAGGCGUGCAGUAUCUUGCCGAAGAACGCCUUAGAUUAUUAUAGAAGUGGUGCGGGUCAACAGGAGACGUUGUUGGAUAACAGGAGAGCUUUUACAAGAUAUAAAAUUCGCCCAAGAUGUCUGCGAGAUGUUUCGAAAAGGGACAUAUCCACCACUGUCUUAGGAGAAAAGGUAUCGAUGCCGAUAGGAAUAGCACCGACUGCAAUGCAAAGAAUGGCUCACCCCGAUGGAGAAUGUGCAAAUGUCCGAGCUGCCGAGGCUUCUGGAACGGUGUUUACUUUAAGCACAAUUUCAACUAGCAGCAUCGAGGAAGUGGCCCAAGCUGCUCCCAACGCUCUUAAAUGGUUCCAACUUUACAUCUACAAGGACCGCGAAGUCACAAGAGGCCUUGUGGAAAGAGCGGAGAAAGCUGGUUUCAAAGCGUUAGUCCUCACUGUCGAUGCUCCAAUGUUCGGAGUUCGAUUGGCUGACAUCCGCAACAAGUUCACAUUACCACCCCAUUUGAAAAUGGCAAACUUCGUUGGCAACAAGUCGACUAAAAUCAACGAAGCAAGCGGUGGCGGUUCCGGCAUAAACGAAUACGUUAACAGUUUAUUCGAUCCAAGCCUUCAAUGGAAGGAUAUUGCUUGGUUGAAGAGUAUAACCAAAUUGCCUAUUGUCAUAAAGGGGGUGUUGAGACGUUGUGACGCAAUUCAAGGUGUGAAGGCUGGCGUUUCAGGUAUAUGGGUCUCUAAUCACGGCGCCAGGCAAAUUGAUGGCACAGUAGCUUCGAUUGAUGCUUUGCCGGAAAUUGUUAAAGCAGUGGGUGAUAAAGUGGAAGUUUAUUUUGAUGGUGGAAUAAGGGAUGGUAGCGAUGUUUUCAAAGCAGUUGCAUUAGGAGCUCGUAUGGUGUUUUUCGGUAGACCAGCUUUAUGGGGAUUAGCUUGUGGUGGACAGCAAGGAGUAGAAAACGUACUCAAUAUUCUUAAAAAAGAGUUUGACCAAGUUCUAGGUAUAUCAGGUUGCACUAGUAUAGAAGAUAUUGAUGCAUCUAUGGUAGUACAUGAAACUUAUUACUCCAAGCUAUAAAAAUACUUCUAUUUUGUAAUGUUAAUAUAAAUGAUUAUACAAACUACA